GCGCGCAUACCGCUCGAGCAACAGCAGGCCAAGGGAUCUCGACGACGUCCAACAUCAGUCACGCAGGAGAGGAUCACUUGGCUACUAUAUCGUUACGAGAGACCGCUUUUUUUUUUGGACAUGUCGGACGGAAACGAAGACGUUCAGACGUCCGAAGAGACGCUGGGGGAAGAGCAGGAGGUUCAGGACAAAAUGAUCAACCCAGAGAAAGCAGAGGAGGCCAAACUGAAGGCCAGAUACCCAAACUUGGGGAAUAAACCCGGAGGCUCCGAUCUGCUCCGUAAACGCCUUCAGAAGGGGCAAAAGUACUUUGACUCGGGCGACUACAACAUGGCCAAAGCCAAGAUAAAGAACAAGCAGUUGCCGACGGCCGCACCGGAGAAGACUGAGAUCACGGGUGACCACAUCCCCACCCCCCAGGACCUGCCCCAGAGGAAACCCUCUCUGGUGGCCAGCAAACUAGCUGGCUGAUGCACAGUGGGGCCUCCAGUGCUAAACACCUCCGCCCCCUUCCACCUCCAAGAGCUUGUAACAUUACCUCUCCCACCCUCACAGGACCACCUGUUUAUCAACUCAAGCCACCCGCCCCUACUAACCCAGACCCCGCCCGGCAGGAAAUGCCUUGCUGAUACCUUCAAACUGUCUUUAUUUUACUCCACUGGCUGCUAUCCCGGCUCUUGUAUCCUCCCCUCUCUCCUCUUUGCAUUUCUCUUUAUUACUCUCAUGUAAGAUACACUGAAAGACAGGACAUCAAGUGUUAAUGAGCGUCUGAGAACCACAAGCUUCUAGAAGACAAAGAAGGCUUUUAUUGUGGCGGAAGUGUGUAUAUAGUACAUUUCAUUUUGUUAGGCACAUGGGGCACACAUCAGCCUUUUAGCAUUUUACAUCAGAUUUGUUAUCAUUCACUGUAUUUCCUUCUCUGUGUAUGUGACACUGUCAAUAUCCUCCAGUCUUCAAAAAGGGGUGGUGUUGUAUGUAAGGACCACAGUGUUGAACUGUGAUCCCCCCGACCCCCUAACCCCCACUCCCAUAUGCAGAGCUCCUUUUUUUAAACUCCUUACACAGCUUUACACAGAGGCUGCAUGUAAGCACGGAGUCUGAUGAGCGCUGCAUUCAAAGACUUCUCGGGACCAGGAAAGUUGCCUUGAAAGGGGGAAAGUUUUUUUUUAAGCCUCAAAAUAGCUCCAGUUGCCUGAAUGUUUCAGCAGAGAUGAGUAUAUAUCCCUGCUAUCAUUCUAUGGGCACUGCGAUUAGACAUUAAUGGAGUGUGAACGUUGACCAUCUAAAUAGAAUAAUUACACCCUUUCCCCUGUUGUUAUUGCUUUACCAGGGUUCUCCACAGACGUUUCAAUCCAACCUAGCACAUCUAUCUAUCUGAGCUGUGCAUGUAUAUGGCUGCCCUCCUGUUAAUUUGUGCCAUUUUGUUUUGUAAAUAAAAUAGUUUUGC